AGUUAGAGGCAUCAACAAAUCAGGGUCUGAAUCAACAAAUCCCACUGUUUAGUCUUCCAUCUAAGAUCCUUUGUCGUGUUUAUAACAUUCAGUUACUGGUAUUAUCAUCUCAGAUGUUUGGUUCCAAAACUUGUUCGUCCUAUCUUUUAUUUUCAAGAAUGUGUUAUAUUUAUUUGCAAUUGUUUUGGUUCGACUAAUAGGCAGAACCAGAAACAGAUGAAGUGUAUGCUCAGAUCACUUUACACCCGGAAGCAGAUAAAACUGAGCCUAGUAGUCCUGAUCCAUGUCAACCUGAUCCUCCAAGGAAAACUGUUCAUUCAUUUUGUAAGAUUUUAACAGCGUCGGACACAAGCACCCAUGGAGGGUUCUCUGUUCUCCGGAAACAUGCCAAUGAAAGCCUGCCUCCAUUGGACAUGACCCAAGCAACACCUACUCAGGAUUUGGUUGCUAAAGAUCUUCAUGGGUACGAAUGGCGAUUUAAACAUAUAUUCAGAGGUCAACCCCGAAGACACUUGCUUACAACAGGAUGGAGUACAUUUGUAACCUCCAAGAGAUUAGUUGCAGGGGACGCCUUUGUGUUUUUGAGGGGGGAUAAUGGGGAAUUGCGUGUUGGGGUUCGACGUCUUACUCGACAACAAAGCCCCAUGCCCCCAUCUGUGAUAUCCAGCCAGAGCAUGCAUCUUGGAGUGCUUGCUACUGCAUCUCAUGCUAUGACGACACAAACCCUAUUUGUUGUGUACUACAAGCCGAGGACAAGCCAAUUUAUUAUUGGAUUGAACAAGUAUCUAGAGUCUGUCAGUCAUGGAUUUUCUGUGGGCAUGCGGUUCAAAAUGAGAUUUGAAGGAGAAGAAUCUCCCGAAAGAAGAUUCACAGGCACUAUAGUUGGGACUGAUGGUAUCUCCUCAGAGUGGUUGGACUCUAAAUGGCGGUCUUUAAAGAUUCAAUGGGAUGAACCAGCAACCAUACAAAGGCCCAAGAGGGUUUCACCAUGGGAGCUGGAGCCUUUUGCAGCUUCCGCUUCUGUAGAGUUAACUCAACCCAUGAUGAAGAUCAAGAGACCCCGUCCUAUUGAUCUUCCACAUACUGAACCUACUGCUAGUUCAGCUGCUUCACCAUUCUGGUGUCCGGGGUCAGCUACAUCCCUUGAAUUUGGCCACUUCAGUACUACUGAAGUCCAAAGCAAAGUAAGCCAAGUUGUCUGGCCUCCAAGGCAGAAAGAACUUGAUAGCAAUAUCCCGAAUAGCAGCAACCUCCGUAGCUCAAGGGGCAAUCCUGAUGGCAUGCGGCCAACUUCUGUGCUUAUGAAUGGUUCGCUAAAUCUGUUUCGAGAGACAGAAGAAAAGAAAAAUGUUUUAACAAGAUCUGUUGUUUCUGAUUAUACAUCUCCUGUCUCAUCAAGGGCAAGCAAUGGCCUGAUGCUCGACCAAGUGGACAAGGGGAGAAAACCUGAUACUUCAACAAGUUGCAGGCUAUUUGGUUUUGAUCUGAGAAAUAACUCUAACCCCGUUUUGCCUCCAGAGAAAGAAGUGGCGUCUCCAAAUGUUGUGCCCGGCAGUGGUAUUGAACAUCCCACACCUGCUACUGUCUCUGAAGCUGAUAGGCAUGAGAAUCCAGACCUUUCAAAGUCCUCAAAAGAAAAGAAACAAGUUCAAUCGGAGGCAUUAACAAAGGUGAUGCAAAGUGAGUUGGGUAGCACUACUUCCACAAGAAGUCGCACUAAGGUGCAAAUGGAAGGGGUUGCUGUUGGUCGUGCUGUUGAUUUGUCUACACUGGACGGGUACAAUGACCUUAUUACUGGGCUGGAGAAAAUGUUUGAGAUUCAAGGAGAGCUUCAUCCACGGAACAAAUGGGAAGUUGCUUACACCGAUGAUAAAGGGGAUAUGAUGCUUGUGGGCAAUGAUCCAUGGCCGGAAUUUUGUAGAAUGGUGAGGAAGAUUUUCAUAUUUUCAACAGAGGCAGUGAAGAAAAUGAUUCUUAGUUGCAAGCUUCCCAUGUCUUCUUUAGAGGGUGAAGGGACAUUAGUAAGCUUAGAUUCAGAGCCAAGAUCUGAAGCAUAAAGUUUUUCACUUUUUGUCUUCUCUUCUUCUUUAGGAGUUGUUGGGAGUACAAAAUAUAUGUUGGGGACGGGUUGCUCAAUAUUUUUUUGGAGCUUGCUCAGAGUUGGCAAAAGUAAGUUUGUCGGACUGGGUUUUAAUGGUAAUGGUAGAGCAUUAUGUGUGAAGUAGGAAAGAAUAUUUGGUGUAAGGUCAGAAUUGGAAUUUGUGAAUACCUUGUUUGGGUUGUGGAGUGUUCUGCUUUAAUUGAUCAGUCUGUAAAUAUGUAUGCAUGUUGAGGUUUGUUUGCUGAGAGCAAAUUAUAGUGUUUGGAUCUUGCGUAUGGAUAAAUGCUUUUAACAUUUUG